AUGAGAGUCAUUAUCAUAGGAGGGGAUGUUUCGGCUUUCGUGUGCGCAAUUACUUGUCGGCGAGACAAUCUGGACGUGAUCGUGCUCGAGUCUGGUCAGGAUACUGAGACUCCCCCGGGCAUCCAGAUUCCGCCUAACGGGACUUAUCUUCUCCGCCGAUUAGGUUUGCUCGAUGCAGUGCUCGAGAAAGGUGAUAUCGUCCAGACGAUCGAUUUCCGGCGAUAUUCUGAUGGAGGAGUGAUUCGAUCAAUGCCAUGCGGGGAGGAUACGUGUCGCAUAUAUGGAGGGCCAUGGAUAACGAUUCAUCGAGAAGAUUUGCGCCAGAUCCUACGCGACAGGGCACGGAAACUGGGUACUGAGAUCCGGCCUGCCACAGUGCGAGAAGUAUACAGCGAGACUGCAGAGGUAAUCUUAGAGGAUGGAGAGAGUCUACAAGGCGACGUGGUGAUCAAAGCAGAUGGCAACAUAGCCAGCAAAUCCCUAUCUCAAGAAACAUCCUCACCAAGCACAGCGACAGAAACAGAAACCAUCUACCAAACGACCAUCUCACGAAAACACCUCGAAGCCCUCAACAACCCUAAAAUCGACGAACUCUGGCAAGGAAGACACAGCACCACAGCCUGGCUAGGACCAAACCAGCACGCCAUAUUCUACCCCGUUCGACACGGCCAAACAUACAUCCUGAACAUAUACCAUACCAACACUGACAGCAAAUCCACAACCAUCCCAACCGCCCAGGAAAUCUGCACAGGCUGGGACAACCGCCUCCAGACCAUCCUCUCCCUCAACUCCACCCUAAAACCCACCACACUCUCCUACCACAACCAAGCACCAACCCAACCCCCUCCACAAUCCCUCCUCACCCACCUCCCCACCCAAAACAUCCCAAUUCCACCCCACCAAGCCCAAGAAACAGCCACAGUCAUCGAAGACGCCCUCACCCUCAGCACCCUCCUCAGCCUCUACAACCAACACCAACACCAACACUCAUACCAAUCCCACCUCCCCUCCCUCCUAGCCCUGCACGCAACCCUGCGCUCUGCCAUAACUACCCAGAAAAUCCAUUCCGCCCUCUCCACCCUACGCGCAUUCCAGCUCGAGAACGGCAUCGCCCAGCAAGCGCGGGACUGGGUUCUCAGCGGGGCGGGAAUAACGCGGGAUACUGAUGGGUGGUGGAAAGUAAUGUCGUCGCGACAGGAGGGGGUACUGGGUGGUGGGAUGGAGUUGGUGGAUGAGACGGGGAGGGCCUUUUGGGAGUGGAAGAGGGCGAGGGGGGUUGGUUUGGGAGAGGGGAAGGGGUCGUCUGGGAGGUCGAGUUGUGGAAUUGGGGGGCUGAGGAGAAAGUGGUAUGCUUGGUUUUGA